AUGGUAGAGAUGCUGCCAACAGCCAUUCUGCUGGCCUUGGCAGUGUCUGUGGUUGCCAAAGAUAACGCCACGUGUGAUGCCCCCUGUGGUUUACGGUUCAGGCAGUACCCACCGGGAAGUGGCCGUAUCGUCGGAGGGCAGGAUGCAACAAUCGGGGCCUGGCCCUGGAUGGUCAGCCUCCAGGUAAUCAUGUCCCAUAAUAACCGAAGGUACCAUGCGUGCGGAGAUACCUUGCUGAACUCCCAUUGGCUGCUUACUGCUGCCCACUGCUUCCUCUCCAAAAAAAAAGUAUAUGACUGGAGACUGAUUUUUGGAGUAAGGGAGAUUGUGUAUGGGAACAAUAAGCCAGCGAAGCCACCUCAACAGGAGAGAGAUGUCGAGAAAAUCAUCAUUCAUGAGAAAUACAUCCCCAGUUUAGAGCACAAUGACAUCGCUCUCAUUAAGAUCAACCCUCCUGUUCCCUGUGGGCAAUUCAUCGGAACGGGCUGCCUGCCCCAAUUUAGGGCGGGCCCACCUGGAGUUCCCCAGGCCUGCUGGGUGGCUGGCUGGGGAUUCUUGAAAGAGAAAGAGUGGGAGAAACUGGCAGCCAAGUCCCCUGUCCACAACCUCACCACUGAUGGCUCGUGCGGUUGCUGGGUGGCAGGGUGCAUGCAGCACCAGGAGAACCUGGGCAUUUUUCGAAUGGGGUAUGGGCUGUGGCUCUAUGUGGGGCCUGGAACCCCAGUUGCUACCUUCUGGAAAUGGGGGAUUGUCCCCUGA